AUGAAGCUUCUCAACGCUUUCGCUACAGCUCUGGGCUUAGCCGGUCUAGCCCAGGCUCACAUGGAGAUGACUUAUCCUGCUCCAUUCAAGAGCAAGAAGAACCCCUAUGCCAACGGGGAUAUCGACUACAGCAUGACUUCGCCUCUUUCAGGAAGCGGCAGCAACUUUCCCUGCAAGGGAUAUCACACUCUUUUUGGCACCGCCGCUGGUGCUCCCACUGCGACUUGGACCGCGGGCGGUUCAUACAGCAUUACCAUCGAGGGCGGCGCGGACCAUGGUGGAGGCAGUUGCCAGGCUUCCCUCUCUUUUGACCGGGGCAACUUCAAAUUCGCCCUUCCAGUCGACACACCAGGCGGCAACGCUAUUUUCGCUUGGACUUGGUUCAACAAGAUCGGUAACCGCGAGAUGUACAUGAACUGCGCUGCCAUUACCGUCAAAGCUGCAACGGGCACGCCCAAGGUAGCUCUGCGAAACCGACCUGCUAUGUUUGUCGCCAAUGUCGGAAACGGAUGCGGAACGACUGAGACCAAGGACCUCAUGUUUCCUAACCCUGGUCCCAACGUUUCCUUGACGUCUUCCAACACUGGACCGCCGGUCGGUCAGUGCCCAGCUGGUCCUGGAGUCCAGAUCCCUACGACUACGAAGAAGGCGACCACUACCAAAGCACCGGUUAAAGUAACCUCAGUGCCUGGUGGUGUGUUUGUUACUGUCCCUACCACCACUAAAAAGACGACAACUACGUCAAAGAGAACCACUCUCAAGACGACGACUACACCCAUCAAGCCUGCCCCGACCAAGCCCGCUGCUGGCGUCAUCACUCCUGGCACACCCUGCAAGCCAGAAGGAUACUGGAACUGCAUCAAAACCGGUACGGCAUUCCAGCGAUGUGCCUCCGGAACAUGGUCCGUCGCGAUGGCAGUAGCGCCAGGAACAAGAUGUGUUCCAGGCCAGAGUAUGGAGUUUACUAUUGAGUAUGCAUGA